AUGAGUGGUCAAGAUCUCAAGACUCUGAAAUUCAUAAAUGCUCAGUUUCUUGGCCGCAAAAGGCCCACUAUUGAAGCGAUAUCGGAUGAGCAGAUGGACCAAGAUAGUUCAAUGGUUUGCAUGACUUCUCUGAGCACUGAAACUACUGAAGACCGAGAGGAAGUUCUCCUCGAAUGCCUGGAGCUGUUUGAGUCACUCGGGCUCGAAAAUCCCACGCUUCUAAAGGAAUUUCACAAGUCAUAUCUGGAUUACUCUUUCAAUAAUGCGCUUCCAAGACAAAUGAAAGCUCUUGAUGCCUCCCAACCCUGGAUUCUAUACUGGAUUGCAUGCUCUCUACGUCUCAUGAACCGCGAAUGGCUAGGGGAAGAUAUCCAGCGGAGAAUUUGUAAGAAGCUGUUUAAGGCUUCUCUCGAAAACGGACCCUUUUGCGGCGGGUUUGGCCAAGAUCCACACUUGGUUUGUACAUAUGCCGCAAUUAAUGCGUUGGCUCUAUGCGACAAUGUAGAUGGCUGCUGGGACCAAAUCAACAGACAAGGCAUUUAUAAAUGGUUGCUGGCGCUUAAAUCUGACAACGGCGGCUUCAGAACGGGACUUGUAGUUGGAGAGUGUGACACUAGAACCACUUACUGUGCGUUAAGCGUCGCAGCCAUGCUUGAUAUCCUCACCCCAGAACUUUGUCAGGGCGUAGAGCAGUUUCUCCUGCGUUGCCAAACUUACGAAGGUGGGUUCGGAGCUUGUCCUCAAGAAGACGAGGCCCACGGCGGGUACACAUUUUGUGCCGUGGCCGGUCUUGCAAUUCUGGAAUCAGUCGAAAAGUGUAACAUUUCUAUGCUUUCAGAGUGGUGUAGUGCGCGCCAAACAGCUGAGGAGAAGGGUCUCUCCGGAAGAAGUAACAAGUUGGUGGAUGGCUGCUACAGUUAUUGGGUAGGAGCUGUGAAUACCAUUUUAGAAACUCAAGGUUACAGUUCAUGCAUUGACAAACCUGCCCUACAGGAAUACAUCCUCAAGUGCUGCCAAUCUACAGAGAGACCCGGUCUAAGAGACAAACCCGGGAAGUCCCCUGACUAUUACCAUACCACGUACGUUCUGAUGGGACUGUCACUUACUGAACAUUCAUUCAACACGACAAAAUCUGCUAGUGCCAUAAGUACCAGAGAGGAAAGUGACAAGUUUCAACUUGGUGCUGUUAAUCCCGUGUUUGGCCUUCCGAUUGAGGAUUUGAGGAAGUUUCUAAGCCAUACUUGA